AAGGCGCGCGGCUGAAGGCGGGAAGCGACCAUGGCGGAGGUGGCGCUGAGGAGCUGCGGAGAUGCGGGAACGCCCCGGAAACGGAGCCGGGAUCCCAACGGCUCCUCCUGCUGGGAAUUCCGGACCCCGGAGCGCAAACGGCUCCGAGCCCUUCCCGAAUCCCCGGCCCAGAAUUCCCGCCAGGAAAACCGGGAGGAGGAGGAGGAGGAGGAAGCUUUUCCCGGGAAAUCGGCGCGUUCCCUGAGAUUGGACAUCCCGGCGGGAAAUCCGGGAAUUCCCGGGAAUUCCCAGCCCAGCUCUGCCUCUUCCCACAAUUCCCAACUUCCCGUGGGGGCUUUUUAUGGGAAAAGGAUUUACCUGGAUCCUCUGCAGAGGAAACGGCUCCGGGAGCUGCUGGGAGACGGCAGCGGCCCGGAAAAACCCGGGAAUUCCGGGAAUCCCAGCAGGAAUUCUGGCAGGAAUUCCGGGAAUCCCGGCAGGAAUUCCAGCGGGAAUCGCAGCUCCAAAAGCAAACCCAAUCCCAAGGCCCGGCGGGAGAUUCCCAAAGGGAAAAGCAGCGGGAACGCCGGGAAUUCCCGGAGUUCCGAGGCUGGGAGUUCCCAGAAUUCCCGGAUUUCCCAGAAUUCCCAGAUUUCCCGGCAUUCCGAGCGAUUCCGGGUGCUGAGCGCGGGCGUGCGGCCGCCGCUGCGGCUCCCGCUGGGCUCCGCCUUCUUCCUGAGCAGGAAGAGAUCCCGGAAAAACCCCGGGAAUUCUUCCGGGAAAAGCUUGGGAGACUCCGGAGCCGCCUCCAGGGAUCCUUCGGAAAAAGCGGGAAAGGCGGAAAAAGCGGGAGAGGAAAGCGCGGGAAGGAUUCCGGAGGCUCGGGAAGAGGAGAAGGAAAACCGGGAAUGCUCCGGAGAGGCGGGAACGGCCGGGAACGGCGGCCGGAAUUCCGAGGGGAAGGAGGAAGCCCCUGGAAUUCCUCCCUCUCCCAGCCCGGAUUCCCGGGAUUCCCCCGGCCCCAGGAAGGAACCGGGCUCUCCGUGCCCGGCCGGGCUCUUCCCCAUCUUCCUUCCCGCCCGGAAGAGGCCCCUGCAGGAGCUCCCGGCUCCCCUCAGCCCCUCCGGAAAAGCUCCCAGGAGAUCCAAGGAAUCCUCGCGGCAUUCCCGGGAUCAGAUGAUCAUUGACGCGGGGCAGCGUUCCCUGUCCCCGGAGCGCUGCGGAUCCUGCGGGAUGCUCUUCUCCCCCGCCCUGCCCGAGGAUCGGCUCCAGCACCUGCGGCACCACCGCAGCCUCCGGCAGAGACCGCGGUUCCCGGGCUGGAAGCAGGAGCGCGUGGUGGCGGAAUUCUGGGAUGGGAAAAUCGUCCUGAUCCUUCCCGGAGAUCCCAAGCACGUCCUCAGGAAGGCUCGUUUGGCUCUGGCCGCGGCCGAUCCCGAGCUGGGCCUGGGGGGAGGGGCCCCCUCCAGCCCCCGCCGGCGCCUGCUGCUCUUCCUGGGGGGGGGGAGGGGCCCUGCAGGGCUGCCUGGAGGCCACGCCCAUCACACAGGUCAGUCAUUAACCCCCCUCGUUAACUCAUUAACUCAUCCCCCUGCUGCUCUUCCUGGGGGGGGAGGGGCCCUGCAGGGCUGCCUGGAGGCCACGCCCAUCACACAGGCGUUCCGGGUGCUGCCGGAGCCCUUCCCGGAUUCCCGGGAUACCGGCGGCGAUUCCGAUUCCGGCUCCCCGCGCUGGGCGUGGCGCUGCCGGCGGGAUCCGGAGCCGGCCGUGUGCGGGAUCAGCCGGAUCUGGGUGCUGCCGGCUCGGAGACGCCGCGGGAUCGCCCGCAGGAUGCUGGACACGCUCCGGCGCACGUUCGUGUUCGGGGCCGUGCUGGAUUCCCAGGAUUUGGCCUUUUCCGACCCCACUCCGGAUGGGCGGAGCCUGGCGGCCGCCUACUGCAACCGGCCCGACUUCCUGGUCUGCAGCUUCCUGCCGGGAUCCCCAGGAUCACCGGGAUCGGGAUCAGCGGGAUCACCGGGAUCCCCG